UUCACAAACGAAUCGCUGCUUCACUGCAACCUUCACGAAUCCCCUCUCUACAGAUCAUGUGUGUGGGUGAGAUAGAGAGAUAAAGUUUAUCAGAAGGCAGCCAUUUUCUCUCUCUAGGAAUCAAGAUGAAACAGCUCCACAAGCAGGCAAGCCUGAACCACAGGAGAGAUGAGGAAGGAGCUCACACCCCCUCUCACCGUAGCCCUUCUCUCCCCAUGAAAUCCUCCCACAAACCCAGAUCAUGGCCCAGAUCCAUCAACUACAUGCUCAAAGAGCAGAGGCUCCUCUUUGUUCUUGUGGGCAUGCUCAUCGCCUCCACUUUCUUCAUGCUCCAGCCCAGUCUCUCUAAGCUCGGGGUUGUAGAGAGAGUAAACAACCCCAACUCCAUAAACAUCAGAGGAAAUGAGGAUCAUGAGAGAGAAACAACACAGGUUGUGUCUCAUGAUUUUAAGCCACAGAGGUCAAAUGGUAGGGUAACAGUGGGCUUGAGGCGCAAGGCUCUGAGGAUAGUGGUUACUGGCGGUGCUGGCUUUGUUGGGAGCCAUUUGGUUGAUAGGUUGCUAGAGAGAGGGGAUUAUGUGAUAAUUAUAGAUAAUUUCUUUACUGGGAGGAAGGAGAAUGUGGUGCACCACUUUCGAAAUCCUAGAUUUGAGAUGAUCCGGCACGAUGUGGUGGAGCCAAUCUUGCUAGAGGUCGAUCAGAUUUAUCACUUGGCAUGCCCUGCUUCUCCUGUGCACUACAAGUAUAAUCCCAUCAAGACCAUCAAGACAAAUGUAAUGGGAACGCUGAAUAUGUUGGGCCUGGCUAAAAGAAUUGGGGCACGGUUUCUAUUGACAAGCACUAGCGAGGUUUAUGGAGACCCUCUUGAGCACCCACAAAAGGAGACAUACUGGGGUAAUGUCAACCCUAUAGGUGUGAGGAGUUGUUAUGAUGAAGGAAAAAGGACUGCUGAGACUUUGGCUAUGGAUUACCAUAGAGGUGCAGAUGUUGAGGUACGUAUUGCACGCAUUUUUAAUACAUAUGGGCCCCGCAUGUGUAUAGAUGAUGGGCGUGUUGUCAGCAAUUUUGUCGCUCAGGCAAUUCGUAAGGAGCCUUUGACAGUUUAUGGUGAUGGAAAGCAGACACGAAGCUUCCAAUAUGUUUCUGAUCUGGUUAGUGGGUUGAUCAUGCUGAUGGAAAGUGAGCAUGUGGGGCCUUUCAAUUUAGGUAAUCCAGGGGAGUUCACGAUGCUUGAGCUAGCUGAGGUGGUUAAAGAGACGGUGGAUCCCAGUGCAACCAUUGAAUUCCGAUCCAAUACGGCUGAUGAUCCACAUAUGAGGAAACCUGACAUCACAAAAGCAAAGGAUUUACUUAACUGGGAACCAAAGAUCUCCUUGAGGGAAGGACUACCGCUCAUGGUGUCUGAUUUCCGGAAACGUGUUCUCAAUGAUGGUAAUAACAGUGGUUAAUAAGCGCUAUUAUCCUGUCCUUGUAUAAAAUUGCAAUAUCAAGAGAAAAAGGGUUCCAUUUUAUUAGAGUGUUGUGUCAUCCCUGUGUUCAAUGUCUAAUUUAAUUUUGAUAUUUCAUUGGUUUUGAAUUACUGUUUGAUAUUUGUAAAUGUUUUUUCUAGUAA